AUGCGCUUCACAAUUCUCCUCACCCUCUUCUUCGCCAUCAUGGCCUUCAGCGCCGCCCUCCCCGAGUCCGCCGACAAUCUCCCCGACUGCGGCGCCAUCGACCUGGUCAGCAAAGAAAUCUUCAAGAUCUACACCAAGGGCUCGUGUACAAAGAUCCCCGCCCCGACGUCGAUGUACCAUGUCAAGAAGGCCUGCCACUGCUCAUUCUGGAGCGAGGAUGGGAGCCGGGAUCGCGGCAUUGGUUCGCCGCUAGUAGCCGGUAGCGCUGAUGGAGGAGCGACUUAUGUCUAUGGGUAUCCGGGGUCGGUGGGAGCAAGCCAGGUGUCCAGCUUGACGGCCACUCUCCGUAACUCCUCCUUCCAGGACUAG